UAACUAUGGGCGGCUGGAGCUGAACCUUGCGAAAUCUCUUUUUUCUUCUCUUCCGUCAAACUCGAAGACACCAAAAUCAAAAAUCUCAAAACCCUAAAAUAAUUUCAGCAAAUCACUUCAUUCUCAAUUUCGUCAAAUCCCAUUCGAAUAAUCGUUUCCGAUUCUAAAACCUAAUUUCAAAAUUUCAAUUGUAGAUAAAUUGAUUGAAGAGUUUGAAUCAGUAGUUCAAGGGUUUAAUUGAUGGGUAAGAAGAAGAAAAAAACAUGUCAUGGAGGAAAAGGAGGUCGAAAGAAUAAAGGUAGAGGUCCUUCAGAUGAUCAUGCUUCUCGUCUUGAUAAUCUUGAUUCUGAACUUAUCUCUGAAGAACUCACUGCUCUGCAAGCGAUAUAUUAUGAUGACAUUAAAGUUGUUUCGGAAGCGCCUCCGUUGUUCAUGAUAAACCUUAGACCAUACUCGAAGGAUAUUGGUUCCGAGGAUCUGCAUGUAUCGGCUCUUCUUUCAGUAAGAUGCUUGCCAGGAUAUCCUUACAAGUGUCCAAAGUUGAAGAUAACGCCAGAGAAGGAUUUAUCGAAAGAUGAUGCAGAUAAAUUGUUGUCUUUGCUUAACGAUCAGGCAAUUUUUAAUGCUCGAGAAGGACGGGUAAUGAUCUACGACCUCGUGGUGGCUGCUCAAGAGUUUUUAUCAGAAAUUGUUCCACUUGGCCAAUCAAAUGAAACUGUUCCAAGUGGAAAGGUGGGCGGCAUGGAUCAAUUGCUUCAGGGGGAUGUGACAGUCACUUGCGAAAAUAAACGAUCUUCAAGAGGACCUUUCAUCUAUGGAUUGAUCGAUCUUUUUGAUGAUUAUGGAGAAUCAUCUGACUGGGGACUUGGGACUGCGAAAAGCGGCAGAAAUUCUCUACUGCCUACCCAGACGCCAGAUGUUUUCACCGGUGGAUAUAAGGUUCAAGAUAAGCAAUCUUCGUUGAAUGCGAAUGCGUUAGCAUCACAGGUUCCAAAGCAAGUGUCAAAGAAACAGCCAAUUGCCAUACAUGCCAUCAAAGAAGAGUCGGAAGAUGAUGAUAAGGAAUCAUUUGCCACAGAUUCUAGUGAAUCACUAGUGGAGGAACUAUCAAGCAGUGAUUCCGUGACUGAUGAUCAAGAUUUGAAGUCUCUUGUUGACGACGAGCAGAAAACUGAAGUUAGCGACAGUGAUGUGGAAGAUAUAUCGUCAGAUUCACGAUCUUCAACUUCUGCAAUACAUGGAGAAGGAGCUCAGAAUGUGAAAAAAGAUCUUAUACUGGCUCAUCUGCUUCGAGUAGCUUGUGCUUCCAAAGGACCAUUAGCAGAUGCUUUGCCUGAAAUUACAUCCGAACUGUAUGAUCUCGGGAUAUUUACCGAGCGGGUGCGGGAUUUGGCUACCAAACCACCAUCCCUUUUCAACGAAGCCUUUGAUAAUGUCUUUCAGAAGCAUAUGGUUUCUUCCCCUUAUUCUCAGUUCUGGAAACCUGCUCUUGAUUUGGGAGGACCAGCUGCUCCAAGUUCUAGAUAUCACAAUGACUUCGAGGAGGUCUCUUCACUUGGCCAUGGUGGUUUUGGUUAUGUGGCGUUGUGCAAAAAUAAACUAGAUGGCAGGCAGUACGCUGUGAAAAAGAUUCGCCUUAAGGACAAAAGUUUACCAGUUAACGACCGCAUAUUGAGGGAGGUAGCCACGCUUUCUCGUUUGCAGCAUCAACAUGUUGUACGUUACUAUCAGGCAUGGUUUGAAACAGAAAUUGGUGGAGCUUGUGGUGAUUCAGGUUGGGGUUCGACGACUGCAGGGAGCACCAGUUACAGCAACAUGGGGACAAAUUCAGCGAAUGCCAUGGGGCCUGAUAAUAAGUCAGAGUCAACUUAUCUAUACAUACAAAUGGAAUAUUGCCCGAGGACAAUGCGCCAAGUUUUUGAAUCAUAUAGCAGUCUAUUUGGGAAAGAGUUUGCUUGGCAUUUGUUUCGGCAAAUUGUGGAAGGACUUGCCCACAUACAUGCGCAAGGAAUCAUCCAUCGUGACUUGACACCCAGUAAUAUCUUCUUUGAUGCUCGUAAUGAUAUAAAAAUCGGGGAUUUCGGUCUUGCUAAAUUCUUGAAGUUGGAACAACUGGAUCAAGAUGCACUUUUCCCUACGGAUACAACUGGGGUUUCAGUGGAUGGAACUGGUCAAGUGGGGACCUAUUUUUACACUGCACCUGAAAUUGAGCAAGGCUGGCCCAAGAUUGAUGAGAAGGUCGAUAUGUACAGCUUGGGAGUGGUAUUUUUUGAGCUAUGGCACCCAUUUGGGACAGCAAUGGAAAGGCACAAAGUUCUCAUGGAUCUGAAGCAAAAUGGAUCACUUCCUCCCUCAUGGGCUGCUGAAUUCCCAGAGCAGGAAGCCUUAUUACGACUCUUGAUGUCCCCAAGUCCAUCUGAUCGUCCGUCCGCCACAGAGCUUCUUCAAAAUGUUUUGCCUCCGCGAAUGGAGGAUGAGUGGCUAGAUGAUAUUUUGAGAGCAAUGCAGUCACCGGAGGAUACACGUGUUUAUGAAAAAGUAGUCAAGAAAAUUUUUGAUGAGGAGAGGUUAACGAUGAGAUCUCAUCGGCAGCAUGGUGUACGAGAAAAGUUAACCAGGGAUGAGUCUUCAUUUAUUCAAUAUACAGAACUAUAUACGGAACUUCGUGAUUAUGUUACUGACACUGCAAAAGAAGUAUUCAAGCAUCAUUGUGGAAAGAGAAUGGAGAUAACACCAAUGCGUUUAUUGGAUGAUUAUCUUAAAUUUGAUAGGGAUGCUGUCAAAGUUCUGAGCCAAGAAGGAGACAUGCUUGAGCUUUGUCAUGAGCUGCGUUUACCCUUUGCUCAUUGGGUUAUGGCGAACCAGAUAUCGUCCUUUAAAAGAUAUGAAGUAUCGUCAGUCUAUAGGAAAGCAAUAGGUCAUUCAACCCCAAAUCGUUAUCUUCAGGGAGAUUUUGACAUUAUUGGAGGCACAUCUGCUUUGACGGAAGCAGAGGUUAUUAAGGUGGUGAUGGAUAUAUUAACACGAUUUUUUCAUCCAGAGUUGUGCCACAUUAGGUUAAAUAACGCUGACCUAUUGGACGCGAUCUGGAACUGGGUCGGUAUUGAGGUUGAGCUAAGAGAGAGUGUCGCACAGAUCCUGUCAGGUUCAUUACGCCCUCAGACCCCCAAACGUAAGUCCAAAUGGGUUCUCAUACGGACACAACUUAAGCAGCAUCUCAAUCUGCCAGAAGUUGUUGUCAACAGACUACAAACAGUAGAUUCAAGGUUCUGCGGAGUUGCUGACGAGGUACUUCCUAGAUUGAUGGGGGCUCUUGCACCAGAUAAGAAUACACGCAAAGCUCUAGAUGAAUUGUCAGCACUCUCUGGCUACCUAAGAGACUGGAAGAUCGAAAGAAAUGUGUAUAUAGAUGUCCUAAUGCCACCUCUGGAGAGUUAUCACCGGGAAACAUUUUUUCAGAUAUUUUACGAGCGACCUUCCGAAACUUCCCAGUUCCAGUCCCAGGCAACUUUAACUUUGUUUGCUGUUGGUGGUCGGUAUGAUCACCUACUUCAUCAACUGCGGGAUCAUAACUAUAAAUUGAAUCCUCCUGGUGCUGUUGGUGCCAGUCUUGCAUUGGAGACUAUCUUGCACCAGUCUUCAGCAGAAUCUAAACCUCCCAGAAAUGAAGCUGGCACUCAUGUUCUAGUUUGUUCAAGAGGGGGAGGUGGUUUACUUAAAGAGCGGAUGGAGUUAGCUGCUGAGCUAUGGCAGGAAAACAUCAAGGCUGAGCUUGUACUCAUGUUGGAUCCAAGCCUCACAGAACAGUACGAAUAUGCAAAUGAGCAUGAUAUCAAGUUCCUCGUCAUUAUAACUGAAACUGGUCUGACUCAAACAGGAUUUAUCAAGGUUCGUCAUCUUGAGCUUAAGAAGGAAAAGGAAGUUGAGAGAGAAAACCUUGUAAAGUUUAUAAGAGAUGCAACCGUGACACAGUCGAGGAACCUAACCAUUUGGAACUGAGCAUAUCUGCACAUUUCUCGCUAAUUCAUUUUUUCAGGUGGACUUUAUAGACGACAUUCAUUUAUCCAUUUCAAAACAUGUACAAAAGCAGACGAGAGAAGAAAUUUUGCAAACAUAGUCUUACAGUUCUUUUUUUUCCAGUAAAUAUCAGUUAGGAUUUUGUAAUUUACUUUGUGUGAAUAUAUUUUCUAAAUUUCAUUGAACGGAUAGUACAAGCAUAAUGAACUGUAAAUUUUUCAAUAUUCCUUUUGUUAGUAGUGAACUUGGAAUUUGAACUGUAUAUGAGCAAGGGACCAAGGUUAGUAAUGAAAGGCACUUUUUUUUA